UUUAAAGUGCGUCAACAGGAACUUGUCAAGCAAAACAAGGAGAUCCAACAAAACAACGAUCAGCUGAAAGCUGACAUUGAGCGUUUAGAAAAAAACAUUUAUCGCGAAAUGCAACAAACUGAGCAACUGUCAAAAGCCAAUGAACUUGUGGAGCAGCGUAUCCAGUCGUUAAACAAAAGUCUUGCUGAGAUAGACAAAGCUGGAGAGAAGAUGAGAACUGAGAAGAAUGCCCUUUUGGAGGAGUAUCGCGACCGCAUCAACAGCUACGAGAAUUGCAUCCAGAAAAAUGCAAUUCUGAGAAAUUUUGUUGAAAAUUGGCGAUGCCAAGUCAAGCGUAAUAAGGAGCUGGUCACAUUUCCAGCGGUAAUUGUAAACCUAGCUACAUCUUUGGAAAACUUCUACUCAUGCAACAUCACUGGACAGUUGGAAGGUCUUGUCAGCAACCGAGAAGCUCAGGGCGAUAUUCUGGCGGAUGAUUUUGAUCCCAAAGUUGCAAAUAAUCAUACUCAAGCGUCACCAGCUGCAAGAGCGUGUUGUCGGUACUUGAUGAACGCCACAAGGCAUAGAAGACGACGAACCGUCAAGUUGACGAACGUCAACGCCGGGAAGCAAACCAUCACCAAUGCAGUUGAGUCUAUCAAGGAGCCCACAGACGUCGCUGCCGUGCUUGAGACUAAUGACAACCAGACCAAUGCCCAGCCUCCAGUCACCACGCAGCCGAACGACCAAGACCCCGUACGAAUGAUGGUUAUUGCGUUACCCGGACCCGGGUACACUGUUGCGAAGAGCGGGAGUUGUCCACCACUUGACGUCGUCAAUGAUAUUGAGGCAUUGGAUACGGUUUCAACAGUGACAGACAACAGUGACUCAGUAUGGAUGGACGAGAGGAAUCGCGAUUUGCGGCUAAAUUCCACUGAGAGUGGGGAUGAAACGUCCGGAAUUUAA